UCUCUCUCUCUUUCUCUCUCUUCUCUUUCUCUGCUGCUGCUGCGUCUCGUUGCAACCGGAGGAUGAGGUCAGGCUUUUCCGCCGGGCGAUUUGCAUAAGCGGCCUCGGAGGGGGGCGUGCUCCACCUCUUGGGCCCCCCACCCACUAAAAGAAACACUCGAAGAGGGAGAGAAAAGGGGUCGGGAUGGAGACGGAGCAGCCGGACAACUGGGGCUGAGACUCAGCCUCCGUCAGGUUGCAGCGCCGAGCCCCGUCCCGGACCGGGAUCCAAAGGGAAGACUUGCGAGCAUUCCCUUCUUCUUUGGGGAUUUUUAGCAGGAGAGGCCUCUGUCGGGAGAUUACGGGGUUGCAAGUCCCCGUUUUUCUGGAUUCCAGCCAAGGCGUUUGCAUGCAAAGCACGUCCGUCUGAUCUUGGGCCUCCUCUGCUGGACCAAAGCUGUCUAGUGCCAUGGCCGUCCACUGACCCUUUCUCCUCCUGCCCACUUGCCCUGGUCACUCCGUAUCCGCCAGCAUGGAGAAGACCUACUCACUGACGGCACAUUACGACGAGUUCCAGGAGGUCAAAUACGUGAGCAAGUACAGCAGCAGUGGCACUUUGCCCAACGGGUUCAACCUCCAGCUGGGCACCACUGGGACCAAGAAGAAACACUGUGGGUUGCCCCGCUGGAGCCGCCGGGAGAUCUGUCUCCUCUCCGGGCUGGUUUUUGCAGCCGGCCUUUGCGUCAUCCUGGGAUGCAUCCUGGUGCUGAAAUACCUGGCCCUGGAGCAGGACGCCUACUGCCUGGAGGGAUGCCAGGAACGGAAGGCCUUCACCAAAGCGUCCCGCUUCAUCGCCACCAACAUUGACCCCACCAUCGACCCCUGCAAGGACUUCUACUCCUUCGCUUGUGGCGGAUGGCUCCGGCGGCACGCCAUCCCCGAGGACAAGCUCAUUUAUGGCAUCAUUGCCGCCAUCGGGGAGCAGAACGAGGAGAAACUUCAGCAAUUGCUCUUGCAACCUGUCCGGAGGGCCUACCCGGCCUCAGCCGAGCGCAAGGUCAAGGAGUUCUUCCGUUCUUGCCUGGACAUGGCCGAAAUUGACCGCCAGGGGCCCCGGCCCAUGCUGGAGGUCAUAGAGGACUGUGGCGGUUGGGAUAUGGCCACCACUGGACACCACGGACGGUGGGAUUUCAAUGAGCUGCUCUAUAAGACCCAAGGGGUGUACAGCACAGCUGUCUUCUUCUCACUCACUGUCAACUUGGAUGAUAAGAACUCCUCUCGCUACGUCAUUCGGAUCGACCAAGACGGGCUGACGUUGUCUGAGAGAACCCUCUACAUGGGACAGGAUGAGGAAAGCGAAAAGAUCUUGGCUGCUUACCGGAUUUUUAUGGAACGUGUCUUGAGCUUGUUGGGAGCAGAAAAUGUGGAGCAGAAAGCCAGUGAAAUCCUGCACCUGGAGCAGAGGUUGGCCAAUAUCACGGUUUCAGAGUACGAUGAUCUGCGCAGGGAUAUCAACUCCAUGUACAACAAAGUGACUUUGGGAGAGCUGCAGCGCAUCACGCCGAAUUUAAAGUGGAAGCGGCUACUUGACCGAAUAUUCCAUGAUAAUUUCUCAGAGGAUGAAGAAGUGGUGCUGCUGGCCACGGAUUACAUGCAGCGGGUAUCCCAGCUCAUCCAUUCCACGCCGAUUCGGAUCCUCCACAACUACAUGCUGUGGCGAAUCGCAGUGGUGCUGAGCGAGCACCUCUCCACGCCUUUCCGGGACGCCAUCCACGAACUCGCCCGAGAGAUGGAAGGCGCUGAGAAGCAGAUGGAGCUGAGCAAGGUGUGCCUGAGCCAAGCCAACAAGCACUUUGGGAUGGCAUUGGGGGCCCUCUUUGUGGAGCAGCACUUCUCCUCCACCAGCAAGGCCAAGGUGCAGCAGCUUGUGGAAAACAUCAAGCACAUCCUGGACCGGCGAUUGGAAGAGCUGGACUGGAUGGAUGAAGAAACACGGAGGGCAGCUAGAGCCAAGCUUCAGCAUAUGAUGGUGAUGAUCGGCUACCCAGACUUCCUGCUCAACCCAGAAGCAAUUGACAAGGAAUACGAGUUCCAAGUCAAUGAGAAAACCUACUUCAGGAACAUCCUCAACAGCAUCAAAUUCAGCAUCAAGCUGUCGGUGAAGAAGAUCCGGCAGGAGGUGGACAAGUCGGCAUGGUUGUUGCCUCCCCAGGCACUGAAUGCCUACUAUCUUCCCAACAAGAACCAGAUGGUGUUCCCAGCUGGGAUCCUUCAACCCACUCUCUAUGACCCAGAGUUCCCACAGUCUCUGAAUUACGGUGGCAUUGGCACAAUUAUUGGGCAUGAGUUGACCCAUGGCUACGACGACUGGGGAGGCCAAUAUGACCGGCACGGCAACUUGAUGCAUUGGUGGACGGACGCUUCCUACAGCAAGUUCCUGAAGAAGGCAGAGUGCAUUGUGAACCUAUACGACAACUUCACAGUCUACAACCAGAGGGUGAAUGGAAAGCACACCCUUGGAGAGAACAUUGCUGAUAUGGGGGGACUGAAGCUGGCCUAUUAUGCCUACCAGAAAUGGGUGCGGGAUCAUGGACCUGAAAACCCACUACACUGGCUCAAAUACACCCAUGAGCAGCUUUUCUUCAUUGCUUUUGCCCAGAACUGGUGCAUCAAGCGGCGUUCACAAUCCAUCUACCUGCAGGUUUUGACUGACAAACAUGCCCCUGAACAUUACAGAGUCCUGGGCAGCGUCUCGCAAUUUGAGGAGUUUGGAAGGGUCUUCCAUUGUCCAAAGAACUCGCCCAUGAAUCCAGCGCACAAAUGCUCCAUUUGGUGAAAUGCCCAUUCGUUUUACUCACGAACAUAAACCCACACACAUUGUGCCAUAAAGAACCCGCUGGGCCUUCCAUUCUGCUACAUUUCGCUUUCUGGCCAGACAGAGAGCAAAGAGGGAAAACUAUAUCUCUUCCACCAAGCUGGAAAGGACAGACAGAUGGACAAACUGAGAGAUGCUGCAGACAGGUCUUGCUUCCCGAGUCCAUUGCUAAGGUGUAAAAUGGUGCCUGCUGUACACACACAUCUCAGAAUCCCUUUCUCAUUAUAUGCAGUAGACUCUCAGUUAACCAGAACACAAGCAACCAGAACUCUCAAGCAACUGACAAAAAUAAAAAAAUAAUGCACAAUGCAUUUACAAAGUUGAUUGUAUAAUACAGCGAAGCUGUGUCACUUUAAGUUAGUCCGCCUUUAUUUUCCUUACUUUGCUUUUAAUUGCUGCAUUUUAGUAUUAAUAUCAAGACCAUACAGAGUUUAUAGAAUGUUAUAUUGUGGAGUGUAGAAUUAGGCCUACGUGUAAAAAUAACUCUCAAGCAACCAUUUAUCAAGUGUCUAUCAAUCCCUAUGGGAGUCAGUUAACUGAGAGUCUAAUGUAUUAUCUCAUGAAUCAAGAUGUUUAUCCUAAUUAUGAAAUGCUUUUGUAAAAGCUUCUGUAAUGAAACCAUGAUCCCCCUAUUAAUGGUUUUCUACCAUCACUACAAACACUACAAGAGAAAUGCUUUUUGUAAUUUUAUUAAACAUAACAUCCAGCAUGAAGCAAGAAUCCUCAAAAGCUUGCUGGCUAUUCUGUGAGUUUUGGGAUGCAGCUGGCAAUAUUGUCCUCUCAAUGUUUCAAUUGUUUUUCAGAGUACUGUUAUCCUGAUGGACUCUAGGCUCAGCAAACAAUUUAUAAAUAGAGCAAUUCAUCUUAUGGGUUUCUUUUUCUGGCCUUUCUCAUUGCAAAGCCUUGAAUUUAUCUCCCCUGAUGGACAGUAUAUAUGUGGGGAAAUUGAAUGUAUUUUGGGUUUUGAAACCCUACCGACAGCAGUCCUUGGAAUUAAUGUUCCUUAUGGCUUCAGAGUUUUGUCCCUUCCAUGAUCCAAUCAUUUGUAGGUAAACAUAUCACAAAGGGAAACACAAAUCUCUUUGUGGGUGCAUCUUCACUGUAGAAUUAAUACGGUUUGAUACCACUUUAACUUCCAUGGCUCAAAGUAUGGGAUCGUGGGAGUUGUAGUUUGGUGAGGUACCAGGACUAUUUGGCAGAGAAGGCUAUAGGCUCUUGUAAACUGCCUCUCCCAUCAUUCCAUUGCAUUGAGUCACAAUUAUUAAAGUGGUGUCAAACUGCAUUAAUACUACAGUGUGGAUGCACCCUAUGUCUUAAAGUGCUAGAGCUUGGACAUAACACAUUAUAUAUAAAGCAAUUUCCAGUAAAAUAUUGCAGGAAUAACUCAGUUAAAAAGGAUAUGCUUUUUGUAAAGUCUUUUUCCAUUUGCUUUUUCCUCCUUAUCCCCUAACUGGAAGUUUUUUAGCUGCAUCAGCUUUGGGAGAGUUAGAGAAACACAGAUCUUUCAUGUCUGAUUGCUGCAGCAUAUCCGCAGCAAACAAUGCAAUAUGGCUUGAACUGGGAAAUAAUGGUUUUCUACUUCAGAUGCUCCUACUGUAACCUCAUGUGCCUUUAUAUAACAGGCAAGGUAUACAGCAGCUGCAACUAGAAUAGUUUUGGAUAAAACAUUUGCUGAAACUUGCUGAAGUGCUCCUCUUAUUUGGUGUGGUGUAGAAAUACAUCUCUGCUUUUUAAUGCUAUUUCUACCUCCGAUACCAAAUAUUCUGUUGAAAGAUUCAUCUAGAGUGUAGAAUAUAUGCAGUUUCACACCUCUUUACCUGCCACUUUUUGAGAAACUGCAAGUUGCUUCUGGUGUAGAGAAUUGGCCAUCUGCAAGGACGUUGCCCAGGGGACAUUGCCCAGAUGUUUUUACUAUCCUUGUGGGAGGCUCCUCUCAUGUCCCCGCAUGGGAAGCUGGAGCUGAUAAAGGGAGCUCAUCCGCACUCUCCCCAGAUUGGAUUCGAACCGGCAACCUUCAGGUCAGCAACCCAACCUUCAAGUCAUCAGUCCUGUCAGCACAAGGGUUUAACCCACUGCGCCACUGAGGGCUUCUCCUUUUACCUGCCAUGACUCAAUGCAAUGAAAUCCUGGGAGCUGUAGUUUGCUGAGGCAUCAGCAUUCUUUGAGCAAGAAGGCUCAAGACCGUGCAAAAUUACAGUGAUCACAAUUCUCUUGCAUUGAGCCAUGUCUGUUAAAGUGGUGCCAAACUGCAUUCAUUCUGCAUUGUAGAUGUGCCUUUUGAGAACCUUAGUGCCAAACUGGAUGCAGAGAUGAACACUGAAGGCUGAUGUCUUCAGCAGUUGGAGAAAACGGCAAAGUUUUGACAGACCAAAAACAAAAUGCUUUCAGACAAAUUCCCCCAAAACUCAAUUCACGUUAAGGAUCCCUUAUGCGGAAAUGUGAAAUGCGAAAUCUUCCCAAACUAUUUACAUGGAUGGCCGAGAUAACCGUACUUUUGCUUUCUGAUAGUUCAGUGUUGUACAUCAACUUGGUUUCAUUAAAACAUUGUGUAUAAAAUUUAUUUUCAGGCUAUAUGUAUAAGAAGGUACAGUAGAGUCUCACUUAUCCAACAUAAACAGGCCAGCAGAACGUUGGAUAAGCCAAUAUGUUGGAUAAUAUGGAGAGAUUAAGAAAAAGCCUAUUAAACAUCAAAUUAGGUUAUGAUUUUACAAAUUAAGCACCAAAACAUCAUGUUAUACAACAAAUUUGACAGAAAAAGUUGUUCAUUACACAUUAAUGCUAUGUAGUAAUUACAGUAUUUACGAAUUUAGCACCAAAAUAUCACAGUAUAUUGAAAACAUUGACUACAAAAAUGCGUUGGAUAAUCCAGAACGUUGGAUAAGUGAGACUCUACUGUUUAUAUAUAUGGAACGUAAACGAAUUUCAGUUUUAGACUUGCGUCCCAUCUCCAAGAUAUCUCUAUGCAUAUACAAAAUAUUCCAAAAUUCAAAGCACUUCUGUUUCUAAGCAUUUCCGAUAAGGGAUACUCAAUCUGUAUUCCCAAUUUCCAGAUCUGUCUACUAGGCUUUCGAUAUAAAGAGCAGAGGCAGCAGAGUCAGACCACUAUAUCCACAGAUUCAUCACCUACAUCUAGGAUUUUUUAAAAGUCUAAAAAGUAAACCUUAAUUUUAGUCAUUUUGUAUAAGGGACACCAUUUCCAAACAUCACUUGAGCAUCCAUAGAUUUUCAUUAUCUAUAGGGAGUCCUGGAACCAAACCCUAGCGGAUACCAAGGAUUCAAUGCAUGGCUGUUUUGGCUCAAAUGUGGUGAGAUGCAUUGAAUGGAGACCCCAAUCCCAUUUGUGGCAUGCUGCAGCCCAGUCCACAUCCUCCCCAUAAUCUGUCACCACACAGCAAUGCUGGACUGGAAAACAAACAAAGGGUCACUGAGAUUUGUGCCAUCUUGCUCCCUGUCUCCCAGACUGAAUACAUACAUAUUCCUGGUUACCAGGUAGCACUAUGUGGGCUUAAGUAGCUCUCUGUACAGAAAUUGUUGCAUUGUAUUUUUCUGCUGCUGAUUAUAUUGAAUUAAAAGGCCAGCACUGUUUUGUCUGCA